AAAGAGCAGGUCCACUGGAGAUAUGCUGGUUACGCGCAGCGGGAGCCCUCUCCUGCUCACCGUCACAUGUGUGUGUUUCUCACGAGGACUACUCUGGUCCUACCUGGAAGAGGCUGUUUCAGACGGUGAGAAAUGCUCGGAAAAUAAUAUUGCCACAACGAUAUACCCUUGCCUGAAGUCCACAGGAGAAAUUACGACAUGCCACAGAAAAAAAUGCUGUAAAGGAUUCAAGUUUGUGUUGGGGCACUGCAUUCCUGAAGAUUAUGAUGUGUGUGCUGGCGCCCCCUGUGAGCAACAGUGCACAGACCAUUUUGGACGUGUUGUUUGCACCUGUUACCCCGGUUACCGGUAUGACCGUGAACGUCACAGAAACCGAGAGAAGCCCUACUGUCUAGACAUUGAUGAAUGUGCAGACAGAAACACCAGUGUCUGUUCUCAGAUCUGCAUCAACACAUUUGGGAGCUACAAGUGUGAAUGUGAGAAGGGCUUUUUCCUGGAGGAAGAUGGGAAAACGUGCACCAUGGGAGAGAGAGUGGGACUUUUUGAAAAGUCAGAAAAUGUGAUGAACGCUGAAACAUGCUCAGCUACCUGUGAUGAUUUCCACCAGAUAAAGCUGUCCGUCCUGCAUCUCAAACAGAAGAUGGCUGUGCUGUCUAACAGUGCAGGAAUCCCAGAGGAGAUGACUAGUCAGAAGGUUCAUGGAUCACCCUUGUUCAUACCUGGGCCCCCUGGGCUUCCAGGAGAACCAGGACCACAAGGACUGAAGGGAAAUCUCGGCCCACCUGGCCCACCUGGUCCACCAGGUCCACCAGGUUCAAAGGGUUUGAUGGGACCUACUGGGCCUACACCAGACCUCUUCCACAUCAAGAGAGGCCCACGAGGACCAAUGGGGCCUCAAGGUGCUCCAGGAAGGGAUGGCAUCAAGGGGGACAGAGGAGCUCCAGGGCCUGCUGGACCACCAGGCCCUCCAGGAUCGUUUGACUUCCUGCUUCUGUUGAUGGCAGAUAUUCGUAAUGACAUAGCUGACCUGCAGAGUAAGGUGUAUGGGCGAGCAGUGCAGUCUGCUGAGGACUUUCCCUCCAUCCCAGACAACUGGAGUGAACGGGACCAGGACUCCGAAAUGGGAUCAGGGGUAGAGUACAAAGCGCAGCCUUCUCCAUCACGAAUAGUAGGUACCUCAAGGAGAAAUCGAAAAAAGAAACCCACACAACAUCCAACAAAUAUGGACUGGAGAAUAUGA